GAACCCAGCAGCCGUGGACCCCGCAGAGCCGCCAGCCCCGGGCAUGUUUCGAGACUUCGGGGAACCCGGCCCGAGCUCCGGGAACGGCGGCGGGUACGGCGGCCCCGCGCAGCCCCCGGCCGCAGCGCAGGCAGCCCAGCAGAAGUUCCACCUCGUGCCAAGCAUCAACACCAUGAGUGGCAGUCAGGAGCUGCAGUGGAUGGUACAGCCUCAUUUCCUGGGGCCCAGCAGUUACCCCAGGCCUCUGACCUACCCUCAGUACAGCCCCCCACAACCCCGGCCAGGAGUCAUCCGGGCCCUGGGGCCGCCUCCAGCGGUACGUCGAAGGCCUUGUGAACAGAUCAGCCCGGAGGAAGAGGAGCGCCGCCGAGUAAGGCGCGAGCGGAACAAGCUGGCUGCGGCCAAGUGCAGGAACCGGAGGAAGGAACUGACCGACUUCCUGCAGGCGGAGACUGACAAACUGGAAGAUGAGAAAUCCGGGCUGCAGCGAGAGAUUGAGGAGCUGCAGAAGCAGAAGGAGCGCCUGGAGCUGGUGCUGGAAGCCCACCGACCCAUCUGCAAAAUCCCAGAAGGAGCCAAGGAGGCGGACACAGGCAGUACCAGCAGCACCAGCAGCCCACCAGCCCCCUGCCGCCCUGUACCUUGUAUCUCCCUUUCCCCAGGGCCUGUGCUUGAACCUGAGGCACUGCACACCCCCACACUCAUGACCACACCCUCCCUAACUCCUUUCACCCCCAGCCUGGUCUUCACCUACCCCAGCACUCCUGAGCCCUGUGCCUCAGCUCAUCGCAAGAGUAGCAGCAGCAGCGGAGACCCAUCCUCUGACCCCCUUGGCUCUCCAACCCUCCUCGCUUUGUGAGGCGCCCGAGCCCUACUGCCUGCUGAUGCCACCCUAGCCAACAUCUUGUCCCCUUCCCCACCGGUCCAGCUGGCCUGGACAGUAUCCCACAUCCAACUCCCGCAGCUUCUUCUCCAUCCCUCUAAUGAGACUGACCAUAUUGUGCUUCACAGUAGAGCCACCUUGGGGCCACCAAAGCUGCCCACUGUUUCUCUAGAGCUGGCCUCUCUAGCACAAUUUGCACUAAAUCAGAGACAAAAUAUUUCCCAUUUGUGCCAGAGGAAUCCUGGCAGCCCAGAGACUUUGUAGAUCCUUAGAGGUCCUCUGGAGCCCUAACCCCUUCCAGAUCACUGCCACAUUCUCCAUCACCCUCUUCCUGUGAUCCACCCAACCCCCUAUCCCCUGACAGAAGGUGCCACUUUACCCACCUAGAACACUAACUCACCAGCCCCACUGCCAGCAGCAGCAGGUGAUUGGACCAGGCCAUUCUGCCGCCCCCUCCUGAACCGCACAGCUCAGGAGGCGCCCAUGGCUUCUGUGAUGAGCUGGUCUGCAGAUCUCAGCUUUGAGAAGCCUUCAGCUCCAGGGAAUCCAAGCCUCCACAGCGAGGGCAGCUGCUAUUUAUUUUCCUAAAGAGAGUAUUUUUAUACAAACCUACCAAAAUGGAAUAAAAGGCUUGAAGCUGUGGCCUGAGUGCCUCACUGGA